CCUUUCACUCAUACGUAAACCUAGCCACCGCGACCAAUGUGAACCUCUCUUCUUCGCUCCAUGAUUGUCUUCAAGGCCACGAUUUGUCUAAUCUCCACCACCUUGUUCUCCUUCCUCCCUAAGUUCCGACUCCGACGCCCACCUUUGUCUGCAUUCCGAUUUAGAACCCAAAGACACCAAAAAAGAAGAGUUUAAAUUGUUCCGUUACGAGGACGCUUUUUCUCUACUGUGCUCCGGCGACUAUUCUAGUUUGAGGUCGUCUCCGUCGCAGAGCAGCUCGGCGUGGGAUUUCCUGAGCUUCUUCGAGUCGUACGAGAGAUACCACGUGUCGUACGUGGCUACUGGCGACAUUGACGUGGUGGAGAAGGAAAGGGGAACGGUUCAGAAAGGUGACGUGUCUAAAUCGACGGCGGAAAAUGGAGGAGCGAAGAAUAAGAAGGUGAAAGCGCAAUGCAGUGACUCUGCGAAAGGAUUCUCUGAGGCGGUGAAAGAGAUUCAGAUUUUGUUUGAGAGAGCGUCAGAUUCUAGGAACGCAAUUUUGGAGAUGCUGGAUGUUGGGAAACUCCGUUACCAUAGAAAAAUUGACCGCAAUCCGGGUGGAUAUUACUGCAGGUGGAUGGCAUUCUACUGCAUUGACAGAUGAAGGAGAGGUUUAUGGCUGGGGAAGGGGUGAAAAUGGCAGGCUUGGAUUCGGUGAUAGUGACAAGAGUAGUAAAAUGGUACCGCAGAAGGUUCAGCUUUUAGCUGGUGAAGAUAUUGUUCAGGUGUCAUGUGGAGGUACUCAUUCAGUUGCUUUAACCCGAGAUGGACACAUGUUUUCUGUACAUCGGAUAGAUGGUAUGCAGUAGUUGUGUAAGGUCUUUGUUUGUUCAAGCUGGAAUCUUCGUCAACAGGGUGAAAAUCAACGGCAUUUGGAGGAGUUUGCGAGCAGCUCGGGGUUUUUCUUAUUGGCCAAUUCGUGAAUACAAGACAAGCAUAGGGAUGAUGGUUGAUACGGGUUCUAUGUCAAGGGUCGGACCUCUGGUUGAUAUGAUGCUAGAGAAAGAUGAUGAUGGUCAGUUUUCCAGAGAAUUUGUACAUCAUUUUACAUCGGUUGUGGGAAGAACCGAUGUAAAUUGGUGUACAAAUUUACAUCAGUUGUACAAAGAACCGAUGUAAAUUUGUACAUCAUUUUACAUCGGUUGUGGGAAGAAUCGAUGUAAAAUGGUUUGCAUUUACUACGUCACUCCAUUCUACAUCGGUUUUAGAACCGAUGUAGAUAAUGUUAAAGAACCGAUGUAAAAUGUGUGUCUUGUAGUAGUGUUUGUGUAGAGUGUCAUUGAUGCAGUGUGUCAUUGAUGCAGUGUGUCAUUGAUGCAGUGCCAUGAAUGCUUUUUCUUAGAGCGUCAUAAAAAUCAAUGCUUAGUGCAGAGGCAUGAAUGCUUUGUACCAGAGCGUCAGAAAAAUCAAUGCUUUGUGCAGAGUGUCAUUGAUGCAUUGUUUAGGGUUGUUGAGUGUAAUUGAUUGACUUCUAUCUCCACCUUCUAUUUAAAUGAUAUGAAUGUUGGGUUUAAAUGCAAAG